AUGGAUUUGGACGCCGAGCUCGCGCUUUUCGAGGCCGAGCUCUCCACGCUGCCCGAGCCCGACGAAGCUGGGCCCAGUCGGCCGGCCAAAGCCCCGCGCACGACAAUCACCUCCGAUGGGGCGCACAUCGUGGCCGCGCCCAGCGUUUUCAAGCCGCCACAGUUACGCGUGGCCAGCGUCGCUCCAGCCAAGACACAGCCGCUGCCAAAUUCUGGAGCCAACAUGCCCGGGGCGACCAUCGAAAGUGGGCCCGCGUUGAUUCGUACGCCGAAUGUCCCGUAUGUGCCAUCCGAAGCGCCAAAGUUGUCCGCGCUCCCCUCGGAUAUCGACGCGAUCAACCGUAAGCGAGACAAGGAACGUCGUGAGGCGAUGAUGUCGCGGCCGGUCGGCAAGAAAUUUGUGCGAACGGCUGGCGGACAGGUGUGGGAAGAUUCGUCGCUGGCCGACUGGGACCCGAACGAUUUCCGCAUCUUUUGCGGUGAUCUGGGAAAUGAGGUGUCGGACGAGCUGCUGGCCAAGGCCUUCCGGAAAUACCCAUCUUUUCUCAAGGCCAAGGUAGUCCGCGACGGCCGUUCGAACAAGAGCAAGGGCUUCGGUUUUGUGUCCUUCAAAAGUCAAGAGGACUACGUGCGUGCGAUGCGUGAAAUGGACGGGAAAUACGUCGGGAAUCGGCCGAUCAAAUUGAGGAAGAGCAACUGGCAGGAGCGGCAGAUUGAUGUCGUCAAGAAGAAGCAGACCACAAAGAAGAAGCUCGGACUCAUGUAU